UCCUAGCUCAUCUCGAUCUUCUUCUUCUUCUAGGAGUCAUGCAUCAGCUUUUCUUGUUUGGCCAGCUUGUUCUUGAUUUAUUGGAUUGCUUAUUUGUUCUUCAACUGCGCAUAGAUAGGUGCGCAUGCUUCGACUCGCUGACGAUCUGUUGCACUGUUGCAUGCCGAUCUGUCCGGGCACCUGAGUCUGAUCCCGGCCUCUAACCUGUGAUUGAUUGAUUGAUUGCUUGGCUUUUCUUCAGCUUACCUGGCUACUACACGAAACCACUUGCAGAAGCAGCUUGAUUCAGCAGCUUCAGUUGCCUUAAUCUUGCUUCUUUUCAUCGUCUUCCUCGUUCUUCUCGAUUUAUAUAUCUUCCAUGCACAAACAUAGCAUUUCUUGAUUUGCUGGUUGAUUUCUCGUUCCUGAUUUGUUCACGCAGUCAGCAGGGAUAGGAAGGAUUAAUGGAUCGACAUAUGGAGGACUCGAGCACCUUCCUCCAGUGGGCAAUGAAUCAGCUGCACCAUCAACACCCCUCUGCCGCCGCCGCAGCUCCUGCAUACCAGGACGGCGCUGGUGCCGGCAGCAGCGGCGGCGCCGGAGAUCGGGAAGCUAUCUUCCCGUCGCUCCAUGCGCUCCGCAGCGGAGCCUGCCAGACCCAGUCCCACUCCCAGCCCGUGGCCGCCAGCGUCCGAGUCCGCGAUCUGACCGUGCAGGUGGACCACUUGACCAACAGCUCUAGCUCCGGCGACAGCCCGGGCGCAGGCGGCGCUGCCAUGGACCACGACGCGGCCGCCGGGUGGUCCCCCCACACCGCCCGCUCCAGGACCACCGGCCUAGGCGGCGGCAGCAACAGCAGGCCCGUGAGCUGGAACUUCAGCGCCGCGUCGGCGCAGCCAACGUGCGAGAGCGGCGGCGUCGGCGUCGUCGCGCUGCCGGACGCCGCGAUGGCCCCGAGGGUGCAACUCGCAUCUGCGGGGAGGAGAGGGGGCAGCAACGCGGGGCCCGCUGCCGCUACGGCGGCGGCAUCGUCGUCGCCGGGGCCUGUGCAGGACCACAUCAUCGCGGAGCGGCGGCGGAGGGAGAAGAUCAACCAGCGGUUCAUCGAGCUCUCCACCGUCAUCCCCGGGCUCAAGAAGAUGGACAAGGCAACCAUUCUUGGGGACGCGGUGAAGUACGUGAGGGAGCUGCAGGAGAAGGUCAAGACCCUCGAGGAGGACGGCGCCCACAGCGCCGGCGGCAGCAGCAUCCAGUCGGCGGUGCUCGUGAAGAAGCAGUGCCACCUGCCCGACGACGAGGCCAUGGCGAGCAGCAAUGGCGCCGCCGCCGGCGGUGUACAGCUGCCGGAGAUCGAGGCACGGCUGUCGGAGAAGAGCGUGCUGCUGCGGAUCCACUGCUACAACGCGAGGGGGCUGCUGGUGAGGGUGAUAUCGGAGGUGGAGCAGAUGCACCUCUCCAUCACCCACACCAACGUCAUGCCAUUCCCCGCCUCCACCGCCAUCAUCACCAUCACAGCCAAGGUGGAGGAGGGGUUCACUGCCACGGUAGAUGAGAUUGUGAGAAGUAUUAACUCCGUGCUGCACCAACAUUACAGCAGCAGUUCUGAAGAAACAAGAGGAUAGAAAAGAAGACUACUGCUAGCGCUAGCUUAUUUGCUGGGAAAAGUUAAAAAAAAACUAAGAAGAGGAUCACUGCAGCCAUGCUUCCCUCCGUCCUUGUGGUGAAGGAUAUCUAAUAAUUGAGCACGCAAGACUCUUCAUCUGGUGGCAUAAAAAACUGAGAUGAUCAGACAUAAACUCAUGGUAAGGAAUAAUUCUGGUCAUGCAACACAUCACAUUCAGCAGGUAAAUUAUGACCAAAAGAUGGCAUGCAUCAGCUUGUUGAUCGAUGACGAGGAUUUCUCAACCACAAGUUGCAAGUUUUGGUCGAGUCGUACUUGCAUGCAGUUGCUCAAUCAAAAUCACUGAUGAGAGAAUCAAAAUGACCUUUUGCUUCAUGUCAAAUGAGACACAUGUUUGUUUAAUAUUGCUUUUGCAAGUUGCACUGUUUGCAUCAAUCCCGACCCUUUCAUACAUGCACUCGCUUGGUACCAAGAAUAAUAUUUCUUGAAAAUACUACAUGAUUAGAUUAGAAUAAGGCUAAACAAAUCCGAUAUGAUAUCGGCCUGAUCUUGUCAAAUAAUUGCGUCGCUUAUUUUGAAAUAUAUAUAUAUAUAUAUAUCUUAAUUUGUUAGUAUACGAGUGCAAUAUAAUCUGGUAUGCAAUCUUCUCUGACUCAUGCAUGAGUCAUGCAUCCAAAAAGCUAAGAAAAUAUACUUCUAUCGUAUAAAGGUCUGAUCCUCACUAAAAGAAAAUAUUAUAAAGGUAUAUGCAUGGUUCAGUACGGUGUUAGUUAGGCGCUCUUUAAUUAUGUAGCAUUUGUUUGAGAGAUAUCGCGUGAUCUGUACAGCACGUACUGAAGAUACGGAAGCUCCGGUCAGAGAAUUAAAGAUCUCUCGAUGGAAUUGUUUUUUGUGGUGAGAUACAGGGAAAGCUGUUGAGAUAUGCUGUGUAAAGUUGGCACAGUGCUGUUUGCAUAAAAUGCAACAUGUCUUUGGUUGGUAUAACAAGCCAAGAUCGAAGAUAGGAUCAUCGAUCAGGUACUGCAAUUGUAUUAUUAUAUUCUGCAGUUGUUGCAUACCAAUACCAUAUCAUGUCAUGAAUCAUGUGUAUCUGUAGACAUAAAUAUACGAGAUCUGGUUCUAAUCCCCCAUCAAGGAAUAAAGCAUGAUGAUUUAUUAGCAACCUUAACGAUGAUUUCGAGAGAUCUGUUGCAAACCUAUUGGAUUAUUUUUUUCGCUGAGGAAGCAUCUUGGUGAUGAACACUGCACAGCAGCUUCCUUCUACUGGGGACCCGGCCGUCUGGUCAUUGCCAGACAAGAAAUACUCUAAUGAGUAAUAAGGGUACAGUACCAAACUGGAGGGACAUGGACUAAAAAAUUCUGAGUUGGGAUCAGUUGGCAGAUCAUCAGCAUAUCUCAAGCAACUUUAGCUUUCAACUUUUUUGAUCUUCUGAAAUAAGAAAUUAUAUAUUGUUUUGGUAUAAACUAAUUUCUGUUUA